ACCCAUCAUCAGUGUGUGGGCCAAAUGCUGACUGUCACAAUAACAACGGAAGUUACUCAUGCUUUUGUUGGGAAGGAUAUGACGUCAAUGUUGGAAAUAUAAAAAUUAGUGACAGUAACCCAUGCAUUGAUGUGAAUGAAUGUUACAAUAUUCCUGAGAUCUGUGGUCCAAACUCAAUCUGCAUCAACACUGAUGGGAGUUACAAUUGCUCGUGUAUGAGUGGAUAUAAUGUAACAGACCCAAACCUUCCUAUAAACAUCAGUAACCCAUGCACAGAUGUGGAUGAAUGUCAGGUGAAUCCAUUUGUAUGUGCAAAUUCCAACUGCACAAAUUUAAAUGGAGGUUACAGUUGCUCAUGUUCGGAUGGAUUUACUGCAACAUUGCCAAAUCUCACCAUCAACACAUGCGCAGACACAGGUUCAUUUUAUCCAUAUGGAAUUGAAGACACAGUGAAUUUACGCAUUGAUGAUGGAAGUUCUGCAGUGAUUUACCUCCUGCAACCAUUUAUAUUUUUUGGAUACACAUACAACCAAAUUUAUGUUAACAACAAUGGACACUUGACUUUUGAUGCGCAAUGGGACACAUACACUCCAUACAACUUCCAAGCAUAUGGUGGGAAAGACCUCAUUGCUCCACUCUGGACUGAUAUUGAUAACCGUUUAAACGGUGUUAUCUCAUAUCAGCAGUACACCUCUGGCAGUGUCCUGACACAAGCUACACAAGACAUAAACCAAUACUUCCCUCACCUCAACUUUUCUGCUUCAUGGGUCUUUGUUGCAACAUGGGACAAAGUGGCAUAUUAUCCAUAUUCAGGAACAGAAACAUCUUUCCAAGUGGUUUUGAUUUCGAAUGGCAAUUUCUCAUUUGUUUUAAUAAACUAUGGUACAAUUGCCCCAUCACACUUACCUGUACAGGCUGGUUAUGACAACAUCAACUCACGCUACUCAAUUACAAAAAAACUGGAUAACUUCACAAGCUUAAAAUACAGCAGCAAUGUCAAUGUUUUAGGCAGAUGGGCCUUCAGAACAGAUCUCAGAUCACCGGGUUGUCAAUUCAAUGAUGUGAAUGAAAUUUAUGUGAAUUCAUCUGUUUGUGGUCCGAACUCCUACUGCACAAAUGUAACUGAAGGGUAUAGUUGUUCAUGUGUGGAUGGAUUUACAGCAACAUUCCCAAAUCUCACCAUCAACCUUAAUAACACAUGCACAGAUAUUCCUGAAUGUCUCAGCUCAUCUUUGGUGUGUGGACCAAACUCAUAUUGUCAGAAUUACAAUGGAAGCUACUUAUGCUCUUGUUUGAGAGGAUAUAAUGUUACAAAGAUGAAUGAAACUGUUAGUAAUAGUAACCCAUGUACUGAUGUGGAUGAGUGUCAGGUGAAUUCAUCUGUAUGUGGUCCAAACUCCAACUGCACAAAUGUAAAUGGAGGUUACAGUUGCUCAUGUUUGGAUGGAUUUACUGCAACAUUCCCAAAUCUCCCCAUCAGCAUCAAUAACACAUGCACAGUGCUGGCAUUGUUGAUGUUAAAGUAA